GUUUCGUGCUAGCAUGUAGCAUCAUUUUUGAAUAAACGAGAAGAAAGGCGCAGUUAAUAGUUUAGAUACUGGAAUUAUUUUAUUUUUUUCAUUUAGUUCUACCCGUAAAACAAGUAUUAUUAGACACCUUUCUAAUAAUGUUACUUAAUUAAACUAGUUAAAGUAAUGUGAUGGCGUUUCCUCAACCCAAGCCUCAGGCUCCACAGCUUCCUCAGCAUCUCCUCAGGACCAUUGACUGCAAGCAAGGAGCUGUCCGGGCUGUUCGCUUUAAUGCUGAUGGAAACUACCUAAUAUCUUGUGGCAGUGACAAAUCCCUAAAGUUGUGGAGUGUGACACGAGGGACCUUCCUGAAGACGUACAGUGGACAUGGCUACGAGGUUCUGGAUGCUGAUGGCUCUUAUGACAACAGCCAGCUUUGCUCCUGCAGCUCUGACAAGACGGUGAUUCUGUGGGAUGUAGCGACAGGCCAGGUCACACGCAAGCUCCGAGGACACGCUGGGAAAGUAAACUGUGUGCAGUUCAACGAGGAGGCAACAGUGAUUUUAUCUGGGUCUAUAGAUGGGUCAGUUCGGUGCUGGGACACAAGAUCAAAAAGGUCUGAGCCCAUCCAGGUUCUAGAUGAUGCUCGGGACAGCGUUAGCAGCGUCAAGGUUGCACAACAUGAGCUGCUUACUGGGUCAGUGGACGGCAGAGUGAGGCGCUACGACCUGAGAAUGGGACAGCUUCAUGUGGACUUCAUCAACAGUCCCAUUACCUGCGUGUGUUUUAGUCAAGAUGGUCAGUGCACCCUGAGCUCCAGUUUAGACUCAGCAGUACGACUUCUUGACAAGAGCACCGGGGAAAUGCUGGGAGAGUAUACAGGACACAAGAUGAAGGGCUACAAACUUGACUGUUGCCUCUCCAGUAAAGACACACACGUCUUGAGCUGCUCAGAAGAUGGACAGGUUUAUUGCUGGGACCUUGUGGAGGGGUCUUUGACCUUAAAGCUGCCAGUGGGGAAGGGGGUUGUCCAGUCAUUGUCCUUCCACCCCACAGAGACCUGCCUCCUCACAGCCAUGGAGGGACGAGUUCAGGUGUGGGGGACAGAGCCUGAGGCGGCACAGGACGAUGCUAUGACCUAAUAGCAACAUUUGGAGUUAGACAAGUGGGAUAAUCCCAACUUGAUCAAACUAAUGUGUUUCAUGGGAGCUUGAAACGGUCUUGCUGUUAUAUUCAAGUUCACUGUAAAUAUGGGACUACUGAAGGUUUGUUUCUGGAGAUAGAAGAUUAAAAAAGCUAAAGCAUUUCCUGAAGACUCUUAAUUCUG